UACGGGUUGUCUAAGGGGCUCUUGCACGGGUGAAACUUCCUUUCGCUCCGACAUCUUGACGAGGAAACAUGCCUCCCAAGCAGGAUAAGAAGAAGGACGCUGGGAAGUCCAAAAAGGACAAGGACCCAGUCAACAAAUCCGGGGGCAAAGCCAAGAAGAAGAAGUGGUCCAAGGGAAAAGUGAGGGACAAGCUUAACAACCUGGUCCUCUUCGACAAGGCUACCUACGAGAAGUUGUACAAAGAAGUCCCCAAUUACAAGCUCAUCACCCCCGCUGUUGUGUCUGAGAGGCUGAAGAUCCGUGGCUCCCUCGCCAGGAAUGCUCUCCAGGAGCUGCUUGCCAAAGGCAUGAUCAAACUCGUGUCCAAACACAGAGCGCAGCUGAUUUACACACGUAACACCAAGGGUCCCGAUGAGGAGGCAGCAGCAGAGAAGGCCGAGAAGGGAGAGAAGCCCGAGAAGGGAGAGAAGGCCGAGAAGGGAGACAAAGCAGAGAAGGCAGAGAAGGCAGAGAAAGCAUGAUCAGGUUUUCCUGUUAACUCUGAGCUGUUCGUAAUAAAAGAUGAAUAAAAACUGUAAAGACAACAACA